UGCUUCUUGCACUGAGAUAAGUUCUUCUUUGUUCACCAUGUGGACCUCCCACCCUGUGGAAGACUAAGACGAUCUUAGCUCCUACUUCAUUAAAUACAGAUACUUCUUACCCAGACUGAGAUUCAGGUUGGGUAAGACCACUGUUAGACACUUUCCUCCAUAUAUUGUCACAUAUCCAUCAACUAAAAGAGCACGCUUUGUGCUGCUGCACGAUUGAGAAAGGCAGUGGGCCAAGGGGAGCACAGAGAGGAAGUGGAAGAGGUGGGUGACGGCCACCCACCCCAACAUCCCAACACACACAUGCCUGGACUGUGAAUAUAUCCCCAUACAUGGACUGUACAAAUUCCCAAACUUUCUUAUGUUGUCGCCUCUAAAAGCUCAGGUAACUUUUAUUGAAGCUUAUGAUGAGGGCAAAACAAAAUUCACCAUUGCGGUUGGAGCUCCAAGACACAACGCCGUCUAUUCUUUUUUAUCACACGUAGGGACUUCACCACUGCGGUUGGAGCUCCAAGGCACAAAGCGGUCUCAUUCCCCUAGAUCACAAAGUAGGGAGUAUCGGAACAUGUCUUACAUUUCGCCUCUCAAGCUGGGGAGAAAGGAAAAACUCCUACGAAACGCACUUGCCGAUCUCAGUCGCUCUGAGCAAUGUCUCAGUGCAUAUUCACAUGAGGACUUCCGCAACAUCCCAGAAAGUCCUAGAGUGAGUAUGCCUGCGGACAGAUUCAACAACUGUGGUAGAGAGAACUCUCAUCUAUCCCUCCUAAACUGGAAUACAGAACUCCUUGACAACAGUAACUGAAAUCCGACCCCACGCCUUACACCCUCGCCUUCAAUCAAAGAAAGUCCUGAUCUCAUCAUGUUCAUUCUCACAAAUUGUCUUCUCUCUCUUGCUCUGCUGGAUUUCUGAACUCCUCAACAACCACCCCUGAAAUCCGACGCCAUUCCCUCAUUCUCAGCUGGUCCUCAAGGCACAAAACUAAAUGCAAGUACAUUAAUCUUCAGUGAAGUGCUGCUCCCUUUCCGCUGCAAUUAUCUUCCGCAAAGAGAGUAGAAUCACUGAAGACAUGCACAGCUUCAACAUCCACUUCUUCCUAGUAGCUAACAAGAUUUCCAGUAGAAGAUUGAGGAUGCUACCGAGAAACAGACACAGGGAUUCAUCACUGAACUACCAUUACAACAGUAUGGAUGAACAGAAAACUGCACUUCACCUCUCUACUCACCAAAACCUCUCCCAUUAUAGCCUUUGUGGAUGUUGUAAACUGUCACUGCAACAACCCGUUUUCCACCCAGAUGAGCAGAUCGGAAAUUGAAACAGCUUUACCUCUGUAGCAAACAACAUGAUGCAUGCUGAGAUUAGCCGAUCCAAUAUCGAAAC